AUGAGAAGUUACAGGGAAAUGAAGCAAAUCGUGAUAUUAUUUGAGUGCAUUCUACUAUUUCCAUCCUAUGAUACUACCUUUUUUGAUUGCUGCUUCAUGCUGAAAUUCCCCGAACUUUGUGAGACAUUAUGCAAUAGUCAUGCUAACUUGUUUUCGCUCCAACCAGCAAUCUCAUCGCCCACAUAUGCUACUCCUCCUUUUCCGUUUGCUCCAACUACUACUACUCAAAUUUAUCAGAUUAAUUCAUUAUCAGAGCCUAUUUCACCUGUUUAUGCAAUGCAGCAAUUACCUCCUCAUUAUGCAUCCCAGCCAUUACAACAACCUUACCUACCACCGUUGUCGCAACAUGGAAGACUGCCAGCGCAGCAGUCUAAUGUACGGGCGCAAUCAUCCAGCAGUGUACUUCCGUACAAGCAACAACGGCCAAACUUUGCACAACAAACAGUAAGACAAACAAGGAAGAAAUCAAAAUCCGGAAGUAGUGCAAGAAAUAGAUCGCAUUUUACUCAGAAGGAGGAAAAUAUAAAAGAUAAGGAAGUGGCUGAUCUUUUGGAUGCAAUUGAAGAGUUUCACAAUCAAACGCUACAAAUACAAGAACCGAUUAAACCAAUACCAAUAUCAUCUCUUAUCACUAUCGGUGACUCAGAAUGUAAUGAUAACAAACUUAAAAUUAUAAUGCUCGAGAAUAUUGGAAAAGAUUUGAAUGCGACAAAAAAAAUGAUUCAGUUAGCAGCUGAGGCUCAAUUCGAUGGUCAUUUCAAUGUAAUAUGCUCCAAGGAUGAUUUUUCGUUUCUGACCAAUACAGAAUUAUUCUGUCAGGCUACUAAAGGUGAUAUAAGCUGUUAUGCUUAUAGGCUGUAUUUGUAG